AAAGAAGAACAGAACAAAGCGUUUCUCACGGUGAUAAACAAAUUGAGAGGGAAGCCCGAAAUCCGUCAUAUUAUGGAAAAACAUGUACAGGAAAUGUUUCAUAUUGCAAACCUGAACGACGAUUCUCAGAAUAAAGAGAUCUACGAUCUGAUUUGGAAAACGCUGAUGAAAGUGGCACCACUGCAAUCUCGUUGGGAAUUACCGGUGCCGGCAAGAUGGCUGGCACUCGAACAUGCUUUGGUAAGGUGUAAGAAGGCAGGAAGUAUAGUCCUGACAUAUGAGGAGUUGAUGGAUGUAAACAAGAACCUUGCAGUGCCAAUACCAACACACGCUAUCAUGGACUUUUUGAAAUAUCUGAAACUUGACGGAUGUUUCCUCUGCUUUGAUCUCCAUACCAAGAGACCAUUCAUUGUUCUCCAACCACAGUGGAUAAUCGACGCAUUCAAAGCCAUUAUCACGGCCCCGACAUUCGCAGCGAAUCUACCGAUCAGUAUGAGACUUCAAUGGGAGGACUAUGAAAAAUCUGGUCUUCUUAAAUUGAGCUUCAUCAAACAACUUUGGGCAGAGAAAUUUCAUGAAAACGAAGACAAACUCUACAUCGCAAUGGAAACUAUUUGUCUUCUUGCCAAACCAUUAACAGAUGUCCCGAAUGAUGAUGUUGACUACUUCAUUGUACCUAGCAUGCUCCAACCAGCCACUCCCGAGAAAAUCAUACCGGUUCUCGAAGAACCCAACACUGUCAGCACCGUCACUCUUUGUCUAAAAUUUGACAAUCAAUUCAUCCCUCCGGCAGUGUGGGAUAAAUUCCUUGCGGCUUGCAUACACAGGUUUCAGCGACUGAAUGAACCCGGUCACGCUGACUUAAACGUUUUACAGCGUGGGUUUGCCUGUUUGUCCAUGAAUUUCAUGUGGAACAUGGUCAUCCACUGUCACAGAAACGCUAUGAAAAUCAAACUAUUCAAGAGGGCUACAACUAAUGUACAGCCAGCAGGAGCUGGUGUCAUUAUUGUAGGCAUUCUAGAAUAUCUUCUCCAACAAGUCCUUGAAUCCAGCCACCAAGAUCACCUAAGAUACCAAUUUUACCUCCAUGAUAACCAUCUUUUCACGCCUGAUGACAAAAUGGCCAGAGUAGAGGAUCUUAGACUGACGACUCAGUUACCAUGUUACGGUUCAAAAGGACAUGGAUUUAUAGAAAGAGAGGAUAUCCUUGACUGGUUUAAACACUCAACUCUAGAGCCGGAAAAACAGAUUCCAAGUGGCAGUUGUGUAAAGAUAAAUGACUUAGAUGAUAGGAAGCCGACCAUCAAAGAAAUUGGUAGAGUCUCUAAAUACAUUGGAAAAUCCUACCAAACGUUCUUUGUCGGGCUUGGCUGUCCUAUUGAGCUAUUGGAGCAGGAGAUGGAAGAGCAUCGCCACCUCACGUUUAGAUCUUGUCUGACGAAGAUCUUCCUUCAGCUACGCAACAUGAAGGUAGACAUUAGUUUCGGAAAUUUAGCCGAGGCUAUGUCAGAAAAUGGAAUGAAUCCUUCACAGCUUCAACAUGUCCUUGACGAUAACAGAAAUAAAGAGUUUAAAGAUGAAACUUUGUCGAGGAGCUCCCUGCAAAAAUCUCUGACAGGCACUGAUGUUGAUCUCAUUGAAAAUCAUUCGAAUUUCAAACCGUACUUUAACUUUUUUCUUGAAAUGGGAUUUUCUCCGAAGUCUAUCGACGAGUUCGAUUACUAUUACAGAAACAAGAAACAUCGUGAGAAGAUCAAAGCCAUGCUGAUGGCUUUGAUCGAUGAAAUCCAGCCCCGCCCGAAUUGGAACACACUCCUUUUGGCGAUGGAAGAAUGCAAUAUGGACACAGAAUCUCUGCUCGAAGCCUUGAAGUCAAAAUAG